AUGGCCGUCUCGACAAGAUUAGCGUCCCCUUUCCUGCUCAAAAGCUUGUGCGAUGCUCCGGCUCGUCGUUCUGUUGAAGUGAAGCUUUUGUUCGGAAUAAAGUGCUUGCACUUUUCACUGUCCUCCGCUGCUGCAGUCAAAGACCAGCUAUCGAACACGCUUGUGGCACGGGUAGAGUUAAUGUUCUCGGCUGACGCCGUAACAAAUCGAGAACUACCGGAAAAUAAUAACUGUAAUAUUGCCAGAAUAUUUAUCAUCCAUCUGAGGAAUCGUAUGCCUAAACGGAGUUUCGAACUGCACUUGCGUCAAGCGUUGGGCCGCAUAAAAGAUAUUUGUAGUGUAGUGGCUCUUUUGCUUACUGGAGAGGCUUCAGUGCUGAAUCUUUGCAAGGAUAAGCCACAUCCGUAUGCGGACUAA